CAUCAUCGGUCAUCAGCGAAGCGAAAACAUCAAACACUCCCCAACGCUUACAAGCGCGGCUUGACCAUGUCCGUCAAACCCACCGACUCGUCGACAACAAUCGACCCAUACGCAGUGUCGUUUGACUCUUCUUAUCUUCAAACCUUCCCCGAGUUUUCUCCGGUCUCUGUCUUCAGCACAGAAGACUUCGGCGCCGACUUCACAUCCGACUCGGCAACCUCCCCGUUAUCUCCGCUCUCGCCUGCCCUCUCGGCCAGCUCAUUCGGCUUUCCCUCAACAGACUCGUGGCCUGCUUGGGACGGCGUAGAGCUCUCCCCCGAGCCCGAGAAUCUCUUUGGGUGCCAGACAGUUUCCUUGUGCCCCCAGCCGUCGAGUGCUUCCUUGAGCCCGGCCAUCAACCCCUUGGACCUGUCCUUAUCAGCAGUCGACGCCUCGACACCCAUCCCCGAAAUGCCUCCAAUUAUGCAGGGAUCCAUUCCCGACCCACAACAACAACAACACCGACAACAGCAGCAGCAACAAGAGCAACAACAGCAACAGCUCCCCUCUAGUCUCCCUAGUAUUCCAGAGACCGACAGGCUAGCGACAAAACGGUACCCCUCCCGCGAAUCCAGGCGCAAGCCGUCAACCGGCGCCCUCUCCGACUCGAAGGUGCCAACCACCAGGUCAACAACAGCAGCAGCAACAGCCACAACAACAGCUACAACCGCCCGCCGAGCAUCCACCACCGCCUCCACCGCCAAGACAAAACACGGCAGCAGCAACAGCACCGGUACCACCCCGGCCCUCGGCCCCAAGAAGUCAACCCACAAUAUGAUCGAGAAGCGGUACCGGACCAACCUCAACGACAAGAUCGCCCGGCUCCGCGACGCCGUGCCCUCGCUUAGACAGCUAGCGCAGCGGGCCGCGGCGGCGUCGGAGGAGAGCGGGCCGGCGAGCGACGAGGACGGCAUGGGGACGACGACGACGACGACGCAGCACGGCGGCAGCGGCGGCGGCGGCGGGGGGCCCGGGGCGGCCAAGCUCAACAAGGCCACCAUCCUCGCCCGGGCGACCGAGUACAUCCUGCAGCUGGAGCGGCGGAACCGGGGGCUCGAGGCCGAGAACGGGGCGCUGCGCGGCCGCAUGGAGGGGCUCGAGGUGCUGCUGAUGGGGCGGGCGGCCGCUGCUGCGGGCAGGGGGCGGGUCGUCACGGGUUGGGAGUGAAACAGGAGAGAACGAAAAGAACAAGAAUAAUACGACGAGGGUUGAAAAAAAGGGGUUGGGGGGGGCGCAAAAAGUUAUCAAAGCUGAAAAGAGAGAAAGUGUAUUAUAUUUUUUUCAUUGUUUUGUUUAUUAUUGUUGACAUGGCGUUUGGAGGGUGAUUAAUAUUGACUCGGAAACGCGGUUGAGAGAGGGAGUCGAUGAUACCUUGGGAUCUGAAUUAGGCCAUGGAGUUU